AUGGGAGAAAAGACUGAUCUGCGGCGGGCUCACGCGCUCAUCUCCACCCCGCGUUCUGACCUGGGUGGCCAUCCCACCGCCAAUCCUGGUAAGCACCUCUCCGCUUUUGGGAAAGGAAACAAAAUUCCCACAGAAUUUCAAGACGAGGAAGAGAAGCAAAAACCUAUGGCCCAGCACUCUCCGAGUGAGGACCCUGGCGAUCGGGCAGGUUUCUUAGAUUACAUAAGAGCAUUAUUAGGUCUUCAGGCAGGUAAGCUGGGAUGGCGCUUCGGGCACUUUCAUGAACCCCAGAGGCUGAGGCGCUUUCGGGACCGCAGGUCCACAGAUAUCCCAACCCAGUCCCCAUCCUUAGGAUCAGAGGCCCCAAGGACUUGGAUUAUGGCUGAUGAAGUACAAGAAGGUCUCUGUAUUAAUUGCUCGAAAGAAGACAUUAAUCUAAUCAGAGUUGAAUGUGGACAUAAUAUCUGUAUGUCUUGCUUCAGGAACAAAACCUCUCCACCUUUAUGCUGCAUUAUAUGCUGGGAAUUUUCCCAUCUAAGAACUCGAGUUGAUAUGGCCAUGUACCCUGAAGGAGAAGGCAUGUGUGAGAUACACAGGGAAGACCUGAAGUUAUUCUGUGAAAGGAAGAAGACCCUACUCUGUGUGACCUGUUCUAAGUCAGGAAGUCAUGAUAACCACAUACACUGGCCCAUUGCAGUGGCUGCUCUGUGCUACAGGAAGAAGCUCCUAUGGCAAAUAGAAGUCUUGAGCAGAAAUCGUACAAUAGUUCAGAAAAUUCUAUUAAAAGAGAAGGAGCGACCUCUGGUCUGGGCUGUGGCAUGGAAUGACUUUACAAACAGAGGAGGAAUAUUUCAGAAGGUACUCAAGCAAGUAUGGGAAUAUCUGCCGUGGAAAAAAGCAAAUGAGGAAAAAUUCAUUGUGGGGAAGAACAAGAAGUUCAAUGAGCUCAAUCAAAGGCUGAAGGAAAUGGAGACUAUCCAGGAACAUCAAGUCAUGCAGAAAAAGAAGGAAUGGGAGACCAUGAUGUCUAACCAAAGUAGAUGCCUAACAUCCAUGAUUACUGAAUUGGAGGAAAAGUUGCACAAGCCAGAUAUAGCAGUGCUACAGGAUGUGGCAGAAACAUUGGAAAGGAGUUGUAUUCAGCUGAAUUUGCAACCUUUCAUACCAAGAGUGGAUGUUUCUUAUAUCACUAUGGUGACUGAAUUUUUAAAAGUCUUUGAAAGUAAGUAUCAGUCCUUUGGGCAAGAAUCUUUAGGACAUAGACUGGCAGAGAGAGUCAAUUUCUAUGACUUAUCUGAGGAGAAAAAGAGGGCAAUAAGAAUUGUUCCUGGCUUCUCAGGUAGAACAUACCCUAUUUAUAUGUUUGGGAGUUUUCAACAUGAAGACAUCGAAAGAAGAACCUUUUUUAUAUGCACUUAG